AUGGCCCACCGCGCCCACCGUAUCCCCUGGCGCAGCCUAACCUCGCAACUCAUCCACCGCGCCCCAACCCACACCAGCCCCGACACCACCAUCGCCAACCUCUUCUUCCGCUUCAUCCCCACCCAAGCCCAGGAUCUAGGCCACUUCGCCACCUCCUUCGCCCGCGCCCUCAACGAGGACACAACUGCCGCGCGGCAACAGUACGCCCCAAAAUACCUCCCCCCGGCGCGCGACGAACUCCUCCUAAACGACCGCCUAGCCGCGCGCAUCCACCCCCUCACCUUUAGCUGGCACUACCCCGAGAGAGAUAACGUUCAAAAGACGCAGCAGCUAUGCCAGCACAUCGACAGCACCACCGACUUUGCCUGCGGCUGUCCGCUCCCCUACACCGAACGCCGGGCAGCUGCCUUCCUCCGGCCCUACCAAUGGAACUACUGUUUCCAGUUCGCAGAGGUUAACGGCGACGGGUUCUUCAACCUGCAGGUCGUCAGCACCCUGCUCGUGCUCGGGGAGAUGGAGAUCCUUUUCCGGCUGUGCGCGCAUCCCGACAUCGGGCUGAAGGAGUGGAUGCGCGUGCAGGAUUGUAGAUGUGUCGAACUAUGUGAGAUAGACCACGGGUGGGGCCCGGUCUUCGACGCCGCGCUGGAGAUGUACCUGACGUUAAAUACUCUCUACUGCUUCCCGGAGUUAAACUCUUCUUCCUCUUCGGCGUCGAAACAUGCAGACGGGAACAAGAGCUAUGCGCACGACUACCGCACCACGAGGAUGUGCCAGCGCCCGGUCGACAAGUGGACGGACCUCUGGCAAACGACGGAGAUGUCGCGGUACCCGCACCGCCAGUUUCUGGGCCUGGAGCCGCAGUCCGGCUUCGCGAGCCAGGAUACAGCGCGCGUCGAGGCCUAUCUCCGCGAGCGCGGCGUGCCCGACGACUGGGUGGCGGAGAUGACUACCUUGAGCGACGAGGGCAACAAGGAGCCCCGAUCGCGGCUGCUCGUGCCGCAUGAUCCGCUCCACGAGCGGAAUUGCAGGCAGCUGCGGCGGUAUCUGCACCGCUGCUGGCAGAUUAUGGUGCGCUGUAAUAUGCUGGCGAGGGAGUUGGGUGCGGAAAUUAAUUGGGCGUGGGAGGUGGUUAAGGCCCUGGAGAAGCUGGUCUCGUGUCCGCCGGGGCUGAAGCUUUACCAGCAUCGGAACGAUUAUCCGGAGAGCUUUGAUGUGUAUACCCUGCAGGGAGGGAGUGAGGAGCUUUCUUACGCGAUCCGUGUUCGGCGCGAGGAGUGA